GCUACUCAUAUGAAUCAUCCCUUCGCUUUGUUCGUUUUUACUACGUAUUUGUUGUUACAAUACGAACUUGGUGUUGGCGAAAUUGGGACAACUUAUUUCCUGCACAGAUAUUCGAACUUUCCCAGGGCAUUGGAAUAAAACAAUCACGCGAGAAAAUGAAUGAUAAACAUCGAAAAGUAAUAAGAGAAAACAUCGGCAAACUUGUCCAGCACACUGAUUUUAAAAGACUACUUAAAGCCUGUCAGGAAGAGCGUUUACUUUCGCAACAAAUGGUCGAAAAUCUUUACCUUGAUUCAAAGAACUUACAUGAAUUUGGAUCGACUCCUACUUUGGAAGAAAUACAACAUCAAAAGCUUUUUGAAAAAAUUACCCACAGAGGUCCUGAAGCGUUUCAAAAACUUGUCAAAGUACUAAAGCAUUUAGACAACGUCGAAGCGAUUCAAAUUUUAGAAAGGGAAAAGGAAUUUAACUGCAUAAAAGAAACUCGUCAGUAUUUAUCUCAAAAGAGCUCUAGCUCGCCCGACAAUCCAAUUGAAACACUGCCUGAAUCAGUUUCAAUCCAAACGCCCGACAUUCCUGAUAGUCUUCGAACAAAGGUCGAUGAAGAUGCAAUACCUAUACUAGAGGAGUAUGCUGGUCCAGUAUAUCCCAAAGAAAAAUAUGAAGUAAAGAAAACCGAUCGCAUUCAUACACAUGAUCUCAUUGGAGCAUAUGAAAUGAAAUCGAAAGAUAAUCGCGGAGUUCUAUUUAUUGCAAAUUUUAUAAAUACUCAGACUGGAUACCGAAACGGAGCUAUAAAUGAUAGUUAUGCACUUAUCUACGUAUUCAAGCAAUUAGGUUUUAAAAUAUUCGUAACUACAGAUAGUUCGCAAAAAGAGUUUUUUGACCUGCUGGAAAAGUUAUUAAAGUCUGACUAUACACGUAAAACAGAAUGUUUUAUAUUAGCACUGAUGAGUCAUGGAGAGCUGGACAGCAAAGACAAAGAAUGUGUAGAAUUCAGUGAUGGCUCAAUAGCAAAAGUGGAGGAAAUACGGGACCGUUUUUCGAACGAAAGAUGUCCCAAUUUGGUGGAGAAACCAAAGGUUCUUAUAUUUCCCUUCUGUCGUGGCUUUAAAUCUGAUAGCGGAGUGCAACGAAAACUUGAGACUGAUUCUAUGAGUAGUAAAGACAAUCUCGUCGCAACGACUUCCGAUUUACUUAUUUGUUUCGCUACGAAUCCAGGUUUCAAAUCACAUAGAGACCCAGAAACAGGUUCUUGGUAUAUUCAAGAGCUUUGCAAGAACAUAGCCCUUCACGCUCAUGAUACCCACUUCGAGGAUAUAAUUAAAAUAGUGCAAACCCAAGUAGGUUCAUACCGUACGGAAAGGAGAAGUUUGCAAACGGGUACUUCACAACAACAAGGUUUCAAUAAAAAAUUAUUUUUUAAUCCUGGCUUCCCGAGCGACGAGUAGAAGGUUUUAUUAUUUAUAUACUAUAAAAAUUAGCAAGUGCAUUUAUUUUGUAUACAUUUGUAUGUAUACAUAGUUUUGUAUUAAAAAAAACUAUAAAUUUUUUACACUGAUAAUAAAAUGUGAUCCUUCAUUCAGAGCCUAUACUUA